CUCGCGCCAUUUCCUGCAAAAUGCCAACUGCAUUUCCCCUCUCACACUUCGCUCCCCCAACUCACUCCACCGGCCAUAAUUUAUCGACAAGAAGAUCGAUCCAACAUAGAUGCUCAUCUAUGGAGUAAUCAGGGAUGUGAACCGAGAUCUGGAGGCAAUGUCAUGAUGGGUCUGUUUGGGCACAAUAAUGAACAGUUACCAGAAAGAAGAGGUACUGUUCCUGGAUUUUUUAAAUUCCUUGGCAAAACGGAGCAUGGAAGUAGGGCCGUUCGUCGUGGAAGAAGGCUUGGUCGAACUACAAGAAAAAGAUUCUCUUGUUUGUUCUUAACGCUUACAACUUCCUUCUUGUUGUAUUUGGCAGUCUUCGGCUUAAAAGUGAACUUGCAUGAUAAAAUUGGAGGUAGCAUUUCGGUGUCAGAAGUACAAGGAGAAACUUUGGUAUCGAGGGACCAGAAACCAUCAACUAGCAAGCAUCGUCGUAAGCAACAUUUUCCUUGUGAAGUCGUGUUUACGGAGUCAGUUGAUUAUCUUUUGGAACCUGAGGACUUCAUGAACGUUACUCAAUUCUCUUUAGAGUACAUAGAGCGUGAGGAAAAACCUUCUGAAACUGAUUUAUAUAAGCCCAGAUUUGGAGGACACCAAACCCUUAAGGAAAGGGAGAGAUCCUUCUAUGCAACAAAUCAAAAACUUCAUUGUGGUUUCAUUAAAGGACCACCAGAAUCCCCAAGUACUGGAUUUGAUUUAGAUGAAAAGGACAAUGCGUACAUGAAAAUGUGCAAGGUUGCGGUAUCAUCGUGCAUUUUUGGGAGCUCUGAUUUUCUGAGGAGGCCUACUAGCAAACAGAUCAGUGAAUAUUCCAAGAAGAAUGUUUGUUUUGUCAUGUUUGUGGAUGAGCAAACACUAUCAAAACUAUCAGCUGAGGGAAGUAUUCCUGAUGACAAGGGAUACAUUGGACUGUGGAAAAUAGUUGUUGUGAGGAAUUUACCAUAUGAAGAUAUGCGCAGAACUGGAAAAGUUCCUAAAUUUUUGUCACAUCGGCUCUUCCCCUCUUCAAGGUAUUCAAUAUGGCUCGACAGCAAAAUGCGUCUGCAGGUAGAUCCAAUGCUAAUUAUUGAACAUUUUCUGUGGCAAAAGAAGUCAGAGUAUGCUAUUUCAAACCACUAUGAUCGCCACUGUGUCUGGGAGGAAGUUCUCCAAAACAAACGUCUGAACAAGUACAAUCACACUGCCAUUGAUGAACAGUUUGCUUUUUAUCAGUCUGAUGGCCUCGUUAAAUUCGACCCUUUUGAUGUCAGGACUCCGCUUCCGAGUUAUGUUCCUGAAGGUUCCUUCAUUGUCCGGGCACAUACGCCAAUGUCAAAUUUAUUUUCAUGUCUUUGGUUCAAUGAAGUUGACCGGUUUACCUCACGUGAUCAAUUGAGCUUUGCAUAUACUUACUUGAAAUUCAGGAGAAUAAACCAAGACAUACCAUUCAACUUAAACAUGUUUAAGGACUGUGAACGACGAUCACUAGCCAAGCUUUUUCGUCAUAGAUCAUGGCCACCUCCAAAUACUUGAUUGAUGAAUUUCUUAAAGGUCCCACUUUGAUAUAUUGGCUUCUUUUUUAUCAGCCUUUCAGCUAUGACUUUGACCUUUCUGCUCAGAAAUUAAGAAGGAAACGAAAGUAGCCAGAGACCGUCCAAUACUAAUUUCACCUAUAAGUAUGGACAUGACUUAUCUUCCUCGAACUGGCAAAACUCUCUAGAUCCCGGUCGAUGGUCGACCCACAUUCAACUACUAUUCGUUGGAAAGAUUUAAUAGAAAUCCUUCUAACAAAUGCUAAUCAAUUGUUAAGAGGCUUCAUUUUUUUGGGCAGUAAUUGUAUAGUUGCUCUAUGUGGGGGAAAAUAUAGAUGGAGUGAAGAUUCGCAAGGGAAGGUUUGUGAUUUCCAAGUGCUUACAUUAUUUGAACAAGUUACAAUGUGUUGUGAUUAGCUGAGAGUUGGGAAAUUAUCAUGUGGCAAUUUGCCCAAUUGCAGAUGGAUUUGCCCACGCCCUUUAGGAAUAUUUCAAGUGGGAUGGGGAAAAUUCUCCUUCUUAAGAUUAGUAUAGAAUGGGCUCAGAAUGAUUAUAGAAUUUAUUUAUGUUGUAUUUGUUGUAAAUCGUUUAAUAGUCCAUAUUCUUCUCAUCCA